CACAGAGGCUCGGAUGAGGAAGUAGCCAGUUUCACUGAUACGUGCGCUGAAUAGGACAGCAACUAAAAGUUUCCCUCGGAGUUUCAGCAGCCAUGAAGCUUCGCCUGCACUUUGUUGUGGACCCCAUGGGCUGGCUGUGUAUCAGCGUGGUGUUUGGGAUCUGGCUCUACAACACUUUCUUCAUCCCCAAACUGGUUCUACAUCCUCAUUACAACGAGGGACACAUCCCCUGGGCUAUAGUUGUUUGUUAUUACAUAGCAUCAGCACUCUGCAUAGCAGCCCUAUUCAGAGCUUCCACAGCAGAUCCUGGCCGUCUUCCUGUGGACCCCCACAUACCUCACUCUGAGCGAGAGCACUGGGAGUUGUGCAAUAAGUGCAACUUAAUGAGACCUAAAAGGUCCCACCACUGCAGUCGUUGUGGCCACUGUGUGCGCAGAAUGGACCACCACUGUCCUUGGAUCAAUAACUGUGUGGGAGAAGACAACCACUGGCUCUUCCUGCAGCUCUGUUUCUACGCUCAGGUCCUCAGUUUGUUCACCCUGGUGCUGGACUUCUGCCAGUACUAUUACUUCCAGCCACUGACAGGACUAGAUCAGGAGAAGUUUACAACACGCCAUGAACUGGCUCUGCUGCGAGUCUCAGCACUCAUGGGUUUGGUCAUGUUUGGUGGCAUGACUAGCUUGUUUUACACGCAGAUGACAGGCAUCCUCUCUGACACUACCACCAUUGAGAAAAUGGCUCAGUUCUCAAAUGAAAUAUAUGGCUCAAAGAAAUCUUGGCAGUGGGCGCUAGCUGAAGUUUGCGGCACUCGCUGGAAACUCCUGUGGCUCAUCCCACUCCGAAGCAGGCAGCCGAUCCAAGCCAGCCACCACUUCCGCACCCACGUGUAGGUUGGUGGCACUACAGUACCUCCUGCCUGCACAGAUGGUAGGGGCUGCCUUGAUGAAACACUGUAAACACACUUAAGAAUCCAUCUGCGCGCCUUCACCGUCCUCUUUUGUGCUAUGGGAGCUGGGCAGCAGUCUUGGUUUGUGGAUACUAUAAGCUUUUUUUUCUUUCUUUCUUUUUUUUUUUGCCUUUCUCUACAAGGCCCAGACUGGCAGUAAACAGGGUCAAGAAACACCUAAGGGAGUGAUGGGAAAAUGUUGCUUUUUUACUCACUGUGACUGCUACUUUUAGCGUUUGGAAACCACUUUCAAUGGCUAAUUGAAUCGGAAGGAUGGAAGUCUUCACCUGAAAACUGCAAAAGGGACCCCUCUCAGGUUACUUUAACAAAGAGCCUUUACUACUGACCUUUAAUCAGCUACAGACAGAACCAGUGUGUCUAUUAGAAAGGCAUUUUUUGUAUAAAGUUUGUGCCUUGUUUCUUUUAAAUAUGUCCUUUUUAUUUGUCAUGCAUGAGAAGCAUUUAUGUUUUCAUGUUUUAUGGUUGGAGAUCGUCCAUCAUGAUUCCAUGUGAAUAGUGAAGGGAACUGGUGUCACUUGCAUUCCUUUAAUUGGUGAGGAUUUGAUGAUUCUUGAAUGUUUUGUGCAUUGUUCUAUGAACUUUUUAAUCUAUGAAGUGAUAAUUUCGGAAGCAUGACCACAGAACAAAGUUUAUAACUUGAACACUGAUAUGUAGUAUUUUUAUGACAAGUGAUUGGCCGGGUUUGAAGAUGUGUAGUAGAAAGCAGACAGUUCACACUUAAUGCUUUGGUAAAAAUCCAAAAUUACAAACCAGUUUAUACUAUAAAUCUUAGGCUGUAUAUGUUGUAGUCAAACCUGCUGUAUAAUCAUUUUCUUUCUGUGAGUAUAACAAAGAUUUCGCAGCAAGUUAAUAUCAUGACCUGAUCAUAACCUGUUGUGAAAUCCUUAUUGAAGAGGUGUGAGUGUCACAUACUAUCCUCAAAGAUAACUUAUAUCACUAUGUUUAUCUUAAAAGAACAGUUUGACAUGUUGGGAAAUACACUUUUUCGCUUUCUCGACAGUGGCGCCAUGGCCUCCCUGAAAUCCAUCGUCUCAUCUUACUCUAAUCAAGAAAGCUAAUUUGUGUAAGUCCCAAAAUGUCAAACUAUUCCUUUAGAUCGAUCUGUUAAGCUAAAGUCUGCUCUGUCAACCAUAGCACUUACAAUGCAUUGGCACAAAUCACUUUUAAACAUGUCUUUCAUUUUUUACUCUUGAAAGUAAAAUUUGUGUUUUAUACUUAGCCUUUUAGUGCUGUAGCUGUCAUAGGUAGGUCUUAAAUGUGUCUGACCAAGUGGCUUUAUAAAUGCGUAUCUUUAUCAGUAAUACAAAAACUAGCAGAUUAAUCAUGUGGUGACUUAGAGUACAGCUAGUUAAGUUGACACAACACUGAAACACUGAUUUAUUUAUGGUGGUUUUGCUGUGACGAUAUGGUACUGUUUUGAGAUUUUACUGAAUUCUUUAACAGGAAACUUAAAAAGGAGAUGAUUCAGUGCAUAAUUAUUCUGGCUUAGUGUGGUUGUCAUUGUGUGUAAUACUUGGCAAACCCAUAGCUAAACCUCUACGUAAACAAAGCUUGCCAUGUGUGGGAAAUAUAACAAUACCCAAGUAGUUUUAAGUGCCUUUCUAGGUCUUCUUUUCACUCUCACGGUACAUUAUCAUCAUGUUGGUCUCCAUACAAGCCAAAGACCUGGGGAAAUGUUGCAAUAGUUAGCAAGCAUUCAGUAAAUGCAUGUUUCACCAAAUUUCUGAAGGUAGCGGUCAAUAUUAUGCACUGAUUUUCACACGAGCACACUGCAUCACACUGUUUUACUGCAUCAAUGGUACUCCUGUAAGAAAGUCUCCACUUAAAGGUAUUGUAUUUUAUGUGUAUCUGUUUUAUUUAUAUCUUAAUUCAGAAUGGUCGCAUUUGCAUGAGUGUGUGUUGAUAACUUUGCUCAGUGGUUUUUAUAACUCCGAUUCAGGUUCUUGGAUGUUUGUGUGAAUUUUUUUUUUAUUUCUGCUUUUUUAUUCUGUUUGGUGGUGAGUUGAUUGGUGGGCAAAUGUGUGUGAUUGGCAUUAAAAUAAUAGGCGCCUAUAGAUGAUAUUCAGUUUCUUUUACAAAUAAUUUUUGAAAGCAAUAAGCAUUGUGUUUAAGUGAAGCCAUCCAUAUUAUUACAACAGUGGUGAAAAUAUGAUAUUUGUUGUUAGUUAUGUGAACUGGGUGGAUGAGUUUUACUUAUUACUCACUGACCAGUGAUUACCGGACUUAAACAUCUGUCAAUAUUUAAGUAACUUCAGCCAAGAUUAACGCUACUGUAGCUGCUGUGUAUAGUUUUACAGUAAAUCUUCUAUUAACAACAUGUCAGCCUCAACAUCUCAUGUUGUUAGAAACAGAAUAACACACAGGCUUGAGUUCAUUUGAUUUGAAUCAAGAGCUGUAAGAGAGUGGAGGUGUGAGCACCUCACAGCUGUUAUCUGGCGUCACACAGGGCGCUUAGUUUGGGCCUGUGCAGUUUUGUUCACAUUGUACAUGCUGUUUUUAGAAUGUGUUUUAGCUUUAUUUAUUUUUUUUUAUUCAGACCUCAAACACUGAUACAGUUCCAUUUUGUGAAUUAAAUUAUAUACCAUAAAUAUGUUAUGA